AUGGCACCUCUCUCCAGCUUCCCAGUUUCCCUCCCUUUCGCACCCAUCCCCCCUUCCACAGACGCAGAGGAGACAUCUCUUGCAUUUCUCCCGAAGCUCGCUUUGCUCACGCAAUCAUCGUUCAUCCAGAAAGCGGUAUGGCGUGACCUCUACGCUCUAACCGGAACCCUGCGAACCUUCUACAGCCCCUCCUCAAUCUGCACGGCGUGGGAGGAAACCAGUAAAAAAUUGUUAGAACCAGGAGAUUUCUCCCUGGUCCCGCACUCUGCCCAAAUCUUCCGCGCAGGACCCACAGCCUGGGUUCAAGCCACCUUCAGUUUUGAGAUCGCGGAGAGGAAGUGUCAGGCAAUUGUUGCGUUGGUACGAGACGAUGAUGGGGAGUGGAGGAUCUGGUUGCUGCGCACUGUUCUUGUGGGGCUCAGGGGUGGUGGCAGUGCUGACUUUCUUGAAGUGAAGGAUAAAAGGGUGGACGCUGGAGAUAACAUGCACAGCAGCCAUUUUGAUUGUGUGGUCGUUGGCGCUGGGCUGUCUGGCUUGAGCGUUGCUGGGAGACUGGAGGCGAUGAGGUAUGAUUCUGCUAAAUUGCAUUUGCCCAGAGAAACUGCCCAUCUUCCAUUCGAACGAACCUUUGGACCGGGAUGUCCCGAAUACCUCCCAAAGAAUAUCAUAGCCCAAGGAUACCAAAACUGGGUUGAGAAAUAUAACAUCAACGUACGGACGAACACCAGGCUCGAAAAUGGCGAAUGGAAUCCCUCUACAAAAGAGUGGACAUUGAAGAUCCUGCAAGGUAUCGAUAGCAGACAAAUAACUUGUUCUCAUGUUGUCAUGGCUGUAGGAGGAGGCGGCCAGAUUCCGAAGAUGCCGGAAUAUCUGGACAGAGAAAUAUUCAAAGGCGAAACCAUCCACUCAGUGGAUUACAGAAAUCCGGAGGUUUGGAAAGGGAAGCAUGGUGUUAUUAUCGGAACUGCGAACACAGCCCAUGAUGUAGCUGAAGACAUGCUCGCCGCAGGCCUCGCUUCCGUGACGAUGGUGCAGCGUUCUCCAACCUAUGUCCUCCCAGCAGAAUACAUCCGCGGAGUCCUCUCUCAAACCUACAGCGCCCAGAUCCCCACCUUCCUCUCUGACCAAGCUUUCUGGUCCCUGCCGUGCGCCGUCAUCGGCCAGCUCCAGAGAGCGGCCUGCGGCUACCGUGCCUCGAUGGAGCCAGAGCGUUUCGACGCCCUCGAGAAAGCGGGCUUUAAGCUUGAACGGGACGGAAGCAUAGCCGAGUACGUCUUGGGACGCUUUGGCGGACAUUGCGUUGAUGUUGGCUCAUGUGCUAAAAUCACCAAUGGGGAGAUCAAAAUCAAAUCCGACUCUCUUCCCGUCAGGUAUCUGGAGGAUGGUCUAGAAUUCGCGGACGGAUCUCAGCUCAAGGGAGAUGUGAUCCUUUUUGCAACCGGUUUCUUGCUCAACAUGAAGACUCAGGUAUCCUCGCUGUUCUCUCCCGAGAUCGCGGAGAGGAUGGGUGAUUAUUGGGGCGUGGGUGGGGAAGGGGAGAUUAAGGGGGCGUUUAGGCCUUGUGGACAGAAGGGAAUGUGGUAUGUUGGAGGUGAUCAGAGCCAGUCCCGGUAUUUUUCGAGGUUUGUUGCGUUGAGUAUUCAGGCAGAUGUUAUGGGUGUGCCGUUGAGUGUUUAUAACAAAGAGAUAUGAGGUAGGCUAAUUGUUAAAGAGUUAAAGCGGAUAAUAAAAUAGAGAACUGUUUCCCGAG